UGUAGUAAGGUGUAUAAGCAAGCAGAGCAGAGAGCAGAGCAACGAGGCAACAAGAGCUGCUGAGCAAUGGGGGUCGUUGCCAGCUUAGCCUUAGUGGUGUUGCUGUUCGGCGUGGCCCUGUCGCCGGCGCCGGCGUCAGCUCAGCAGCCGGCGGACUGCCCCGACAGGUGCGGCAACAUCAGCGUCCCCUACCCUUUCGGCAUCGGCGCCCGCUGCGCCCGUGACUUUGGCUACGAGCUCGUCUGCAACCACUCCUACAAACCUCCGCGCCUCACCUUCUUCCCUCCGCUCCCCACACCCACCUCCAUUCUCGCCGGGCGCCGGCUGAACCUUGUCAGCCUGUCCCUCGCCGACGGUGAGGCCGUGGCCCUCGUCAACGCCUACCGCGAGUGCGGCAACAGCACGACGGGCCUGGUCAGCAACGACAGGAACCGGACGACGUACCUGUCCCUCCUCGGCAGCGCCACCUACCGGUUGUCGGCGGCGAGGAACCGCUUCGUCACGCUCGGCUGCCCGACUCUCGGCUACCUCAGCGACGACAGGGGGUAUUACGUCACCGGCUGCACGUCGGUGUGCCGGCCGUCGGACUGGAACGCCGUCCCGCCGGGGGCGUGCACCGGCGUGGGGUGCUGCCAGAGCAGGGUGCCCCCGAACGUCAGCUUCUACGAGCCCUCUGUUCAGCGCUUGGGGGAGAACCAAAGGAGCUUCCUCGCGAGCUUCCUCGAGAACACGACGGCUUGCCGGUACGCGUUCGUGGCGGAGGACGGGUGGGUCGAGAACACCUACCGUGGCCGCCCGGAGUUCAACCGGACCGACGACUUCGCCGUGCCCGUCGUGCUCGACUGGGCCAUCCGGAACGUCGCCAACUGCGACGCCGCCAAGCGCAACGAGACGGGCUACAUGUGCCGGAGCGCCAACAGCGACUGUGUCGACUCCACCAACGGCGUCGGGUACCGGUGCACCUGUUCCCAGGGCUACGAGGGCAACCCCUACCUUCUCGACGAUCGUGGAUGCAAAGACAUUAACGAGUGCCAACACUUGGACAAGUACCCAUGCUACGGAGUCUGCACAAAUGUGCUGGGAGGCUACAAGUGUGAUUGCCACCCUGGAUUCAGCGGAGAUGCCAUCAAGAAUGAUUGCCGUCCAAAGGACAAGUUCACGUUAGCCCUCAAAGUAGUAACAGGGGUCAGUGUUGGUGUGUUCUUGUCGGUGUUCAUGUGCUUUUGGCUCUACCUAGGGCUCCAGAAGAGGAAGCUCAUCAGAACAAGGCAAAGAUUCUUCGAGCAGAAUGGAGGGGUGAUCCUCCAGCAGCAGAUGCACUCCGGCGGAGGUGCCGGUGGGUUCAAGAUAUUCUCCACGGAAGAGCUUGAGAAGGCCACCAACAACUUCGCCGCUGACCGUGUUCUCGGCCGCGGUGGUCACGGUGUCGUCUACAAGGGUGUCCUGGACGACAACAUGAUGGUGGCCAUCAAGAAGUCCAAGAUGAUGGAGGCAGCCCAAACCAAGGAGUUUGCUAGAGAAAUGUUCAUCCUCUCCCAGAUCAACCACAGGAACGUUGUCAAGCUUCUGGGCUGCUGCCUUGAGGUUGAAGUGCCCGUGUUGGUCUAUGAAUUUGUCUCAAACGGCACCCUCUACCACUACAUCCAUGGCAAGGAACCCAACGUUGAAGACAUAGCACUUGAUACCCGUCUUCGCAUAGCGGCAGAGUCGGCAGAGGCGCUCUCCUACAUGCACUCGUCUGCUUCACCGCCAAUCCUCCAUGGAGAUGUCAAGACAGCCAACAUCCUGCUUGAUGACAAGCUCAACGCCAAAGUUUCAGAUUUUGGUGCGUCAAAACUAGCACCAACUGAUGAGGCAGAGAUUGCAACGCUGGUGCAGGGAACUUGUGGGUACUUAGACCCUGAAUACCUAAUGACAUGCCAAUUAACUGAUAAGAGCGACGUCUAUAGUUUUGGUGUCGUUGUGCUAGAGCUUCUAACCAGGAAGAAGGCAUUGUACCUGGACGGGCCAGAGGAAGACAGGAGCCUAGUGUCACGCUUCACCACAUCAGUGAAGGCUGGUCGUCAUCGAGAGCUUCUGGACACCCAGGUAAGGAACGAGAUGGAUGACGAAAUGCUCGCUGAAAUUGCACACCUUCUGAUGCGAUGCCUAAGCAUGAACGGGGAAGAACGACCAACGAUGAAGGAGGUAGCAGAGAGGCUGGAGAGGCUGAGGAGAUACCAGCAGCACCCUUGGGCUGAAGCUGACCGCAAUGCCGAGGAGAAUCAGAGCUUGCUCAGCAUGGAACAGCUGAAUUCCAAUUACCAAUUCAGGCAGCAUGAUGUUCUUGAUCUGGAAGAAGUAAGUACAUAUACGUUUAGUUUGUAAUUCAGGCCAGGACUGCAGAACUGGAAGUUCAGUCGGGUAGUCAUAGUCAUAGUCCAAGUACACGUUUUCUUACAUUUGGGGCACCUUUCACGUUCGCCUUCAAGGCCUGAUGGUUUCCUCACUGAGCCUGAGCCAUCUAUGCAAUUUCUCUGCAAAGCUGCCUCUACACUUCCAUUAAUUCCUUGCUAUAACGAGAAAGAACAAGCUCCUCUCUUCUCCGUCCAGUCCCUUCUUGUGAGGAGUCCAGCUUGCAAUUAUGACGUUUGAAAUUUCCAAGCUAUAGCCUCCAAUUUACCGUGUAUCCCGGCAGGCACUUGCAGAAUGCAGGUAUGAUUUGUCCUGAGCGGCAGAUGUUCUUUGACAGUUAGCAAAAAAGAAUAAUCAACCAGUCACCAGCACAUUGAGUUGUGGAAAUCUGAAAUGCAUUGACAUUAUGUUCAACUUCAUAUCCCAAUUUGGUGAAAUUUGGUUCACACAAAGGCUAGAACCAGAUUGGAGAUCAGACGUCGGGGACAAACCAGAAUCAAUUAGAGCCAAGAGGUAUGGAAUGAGCUGCCAGUUCUUGCAGAGCGACGACGAGCAGAGCCGGCCAACUGUGAUGGCUUGAUCCAUGAUCUGCAGAAUGGAGUAAAAUGCCUCAACCAAGGCUUCAAUGACAUAUCAAGAACUCUUUCAAAAUAAAAUGUGUCACACAUUUUUUACCA